AUGUCAACCACCUUGUUCGUCAAUGGUCGCAUCUUGACCAGUGCUGGGGCAGGCCUCAAUGGCACGGCCCAGUUCUCGGACUGCAUGCUUGUGCGAGGGGACAAGAUCGCCGCCGUCGGAACCCGAGAGGAGAUCGGAAAUGUCGAAGACGCAGAGGUUCGCGACCUUGAGCAGAAGAUUGUGCUUCCCAGCUUUAUCGACGGACAUAUGCAUCUUUUGCUACUUGGUCAAUCCUUACGAAAAGUCGAUCUGAGCCAUUGCAAAACCCUCGAAGAUAUUCGAUCCGUUAUUCGAGAUUAUGCUGUCGCCAACCCUGAUACCCCGACUAUUCUAUGCAAAGGAUGGAGGAAUUGGAUGACUCCUGAUGGAGUAACGGCCGCGAUGCUUGACGAUAUCGAUCCGAGACCUAUAUUCAUCGACGCUGGUUCUCUUCACUCGUGUUGGUGCAAUACUUCCGCGCUUGAGCAGCUCAAUGUGGCGGAUAUGCCUGAUCCUGCUGGAGGCAAGAUUCAUCGGGAUGCUGAUGGAAAGCCAUCUGGUCUCUUGGACGAAGGCGCUAUGAUGUCCAUCAUCUGGCCCUUCCAAGCUAGCUCUUCUCCCAAGGAGGAGCGCAUUGAGGCUAUCCGCGCGGCUGUGCAAGAGUACAAUGCCGCAGGUUACACUGGAGCUGUGGAAAUGGCCAUGGAUGAAGAUGCUUGGGAUGCCCUCAUCACAUUAUACAAAGCCCAGCCGGAUCUUUCACUUCGUGUGUCAGCGUAUUGGUUAAUCAAGCCGACGGCCGAUCUCGAACAAAACUCCAAGCAAGUACAGCGAGCGAUCGAACUGAGCCGGAUAUACAACUCAACAACAAGCCCCGAUGUCCGUCUCGUUGGAAUCAAGGUUAUUACAGAUGGAAUCGUUGAUGCUUGCACUGCGUACCUGUCAGAGCCGUACUGCACUGCGGACAAGCCGCCACCUAUUUGGGAGCCUGAACGCUUGGAACCUGUUGUCAAGGAAGCUGAUGCUGGCGGACUACAAAUCGCGCUUCACGCUAUUGGCGACGGAGCAGUCAAAAUGGCCAUCGAUGCCCUCGAGAAGCACGCUACCCCUGGUCGACGGCAUCGAAUCGAACAUCUGGAGCUUACUUCUCCCGAAGACGCAAAGAGACUUGGAAAGCUGGGGUUGACGGCUUCGAUCCAGCCUAUCCAUGCAGAUCCCACCGCCCUCGUCGAGUGGCCUCGACUAUUAGGAGAAGAACGAUACGAACGAGCGUUUGCGUACAGAGAAUUUGCAGACGGUGGUGCCCUCAUGGCCAUCGGAACAGACAGCCCAACAUCCCCCUACUCACCCCUGCACAACUUUCAAGUCGCCAUCAACCGAAAGUCCUCCAAGGACCCAGCUUGCCAAACCGUCAUACACGAGCACUUCCGGCUUGGUCUGUGUGAGACGUUUGUGGCUGCUUCCGAGGGAGCGGCGCGCAGUGUGUUUUUGGAAGAUCGGACGGGGAGUCUGGAGGUGGGGAAGUUGGCGGAUUUUAUUGUUGUUGAUAUGGAGUGGAAUAGGGAGGAUUUGUUGCAAGGGAAGGUUAGGGAGACUUACUAUAGCGGGAGGAAGGUUUUUGGAUAA